AUGGUUAAGUUCAUCGUAGUUCUCUCCGCUCUAGUCGCUGUAGCGUACAGCUCAGUGUUACCAGUGGUCAAAGUAGACGGUGACUCCUCCAGCUUCUCUUAUGAUGUAGCCGACCCGAACACUGGAGACUACAAGAGCCAAGUUGAAACUCGCGUUGGAGGCAUUGUAAAGGGACAAUACUCUCUGGUCGACCCUGAUGGCACCAAACGUACUGUUGACUACACCGCUGAUGACGUGAACGGUUUCAACGCGGUUGUGCGCAAGGAUCCCCUUGUCGCCACAUCCUUUGUUGCUGCUGGUCCUACCGUUGUCUCACAAGCCGUCGCUACCCCAGCUGUAGUUGCCGCAGCUCCUACUGUUGUUGAUGCACGCAAAGCUUACACCGCCUCAUCUCCCGUGGUAGCCAGCAAUGCUUUCGCUGCCCCAACAUUCUACACAACCUCUCCAGUAUACAGUAGUCGUGCUUACACCCCUAAUGUGUACACGUCUGUGCCCUCAGUGUACGCCCCAGGCCUAUAUGCCCGCUACUCGACUCCUUAUUACUCAAGCUACCCCACCGCUUCGUUCUGGUAAAAUGUUAGUCUCCUCUAAAAUAUAUAAAACCAAUUGAUGUAAAAAACGUAUGAAACUUUAAUGUAAAAUAAAUAGAAAAACAUACAAAUA